AUGGAGUUCCCUUUCAUCCCCUCGAUCGUGAAUGAAGAUGGCUUCACCACCGACCAGAUCAUGGGGGACCGAUGGACUGCUUCGAGGAAAGUGCAUGUAGAUGCCGGUGAGGGCGAAGAGAUCCUCAUCAAGUUGGAGGAUGUGGUGUUGAAGUUGUGGAGGGGGAAGUGUAUGGCGAAGGCCAGGAUUGAGCAGACGGGAGAGAUACUGACCACGAACAAUUGGGAGAAGUGA